AUGUCCGAGGAGCUUUUCGUAACCCUCCCAUCCGGCUGCCAGAUCUGCUACCAGGUCUUCGGAAACCCUCUGGAUCCGGCCAUCCUUCUCAUCUCGGGCCACAGUUGUGCCAUGACACAAAAGACGGAUGGCCUUGUCCGGCUCCUCAGUCCUCCGAAUCAGCCCUACUUCGUCAUUCGGUUUGACCAUCGCGAUACCGGCCGCUCAACGUCUUUCACAAAACCACCCGAUGGCUCACCGGUCUAUGCGCAGAGUGACAUGGUAGACGACAUCGUGGGCCUCAUCAGGCAUCUCGAGCUCUCAGCCGCCCACCUCAUCGGCAUCAGUUUGGGCGGGUCUCUAGCAUGGCAAACCGCUGCUCGGCUGCCCGACAUUGUCAAAAGUCUGGCCCUUGUUCUCACGAGUCCAGUUGGUCGACAGCAAAUGCCCAGCGAUAACCUACCACCCGUCCUUUUAGAAGGGCAAUGGCUCAUCGCCGAGGCAUAUACCGUUCCAGACGACAUGGAUGAUGAUGAAGCUUGGAUACAUUCCUAUACGCAGCUCGACCUUGCGCUGUCAAGUCAACCACCUACGGAGGAAGCAAGGGCUGAAUCAAGACGGGAGUCUGAGAUUACAUAUUACCGCGAGAGAGAGAGCGGGACGUUGUGGACAAGGUAUAAUCAUUCCGAUGCUUCGGGACCGAGGUGGCCGCGCGAGCUGCUGAAGCAAGUGCAAUGUCCGACUGUCGUUAUCCAUGGCGCAAAGGACCAAAUCUUCCCGAUGAAGCAUGCGGAGACUCUGAGAGAUGAUGUGAAAGGGGCGACACUGGUUAUUCUUGAGGACUGUGGGCAUGAGAUUCCGCAUCGGGUUCGGCAGCGGAUGGCAGACGCAAUCAUUGAGAAUGUGAGAAAAGGAGUAGAGUGGAGAUAA